CAUGGCAAACUCGCAAGAGGUGGAGGGUGACCCAAAACAAGUAAAAUUGUCCGCAGAGGCAUCGACUCUGGUGCAUUCCUCUACAAAGGAUAUCACGUCUAAUGUCACAGGAGACACGACCGCUUUUCCAUGUUUAAUUCCGUCAUUCGCAGACGCUUGUAAACUUGUCAAAGCGCCAUACUCGUGUCUGGUAAUGGACACACACAGGAGGCACAUUACUCUGCCUCCUGUGUAUUUGAACAAGAAGAGGACGGGAAUUCAGCAAGAACUAAACGCAGAACUUCUCAAAUAUUCAGAAAGUUUGAAUGGAGUACCUUUGGCUUAUGACAACAUUAAAGUUGUGGGACAACAUGGAGACAUUUAUGAUGAUCAAGGAUUCAUUCAUUUAAACAUAGAGGCGUCCUUUAUAAUCUUCAAACCAAAGAAAGGACAAAGACUUGUGGGUGUGAUAAACAAGGUUGGCGUGAGUCAUGUUGGUUGUCUUGUCCAUGGUUGUUUCAAUGCCUCCAUAUUGAAACCUAGUCAGAUGACCACAGAGAUGUGGAGAGACUGUGGACUGAACGUCGGAGAUCACUUACAGUUUGAAGUCUUCCAGCUAGACGCUGAUACUGCUGGCGUCCUUCUAAUCAGAGGAAGGCUGGAGAAAAGCAGGGUAGAGGAGCUUUUGGCUGUGUCAGAACCCAGCAAUGACAGCGUGGACGUUGCCGUGGAGUCAGCCAACGAAUCGGUCCUGGAACCGGCCUCAGAAUCAACAGAUAGUUCCCCAAGUAAGAAGAAAAAGAAGAAAAAGCACAAACACAAGGAUGAAGAGGCAGCGGAUAACUCUGUUGUUGUGGAGAGCAGCUUAGGAGGUGAGACUAUAAACCAGGACAUGAACGGAACAGAGUUGGACUCAAACUCAAAUGGCUAUCAUAAAGAGAAGAAGAAGAAGAAGAAAAAGGAGAAGGAGAGGGAGGAGGUUAGUGAGGUGACGGAGGAGACGCCAUCACCCACGUUCCCCGGCAGUGACUCCAGUGGAUAUAUGAGUGACAAAGCUGGAAAGAAGAGGAAAAAAACUGAGGGAGAAAGUGAUAUUUGUCCUCUCGAUGACUCUGAAGAACCUGUUGUUAAAAAGAAGAAAAAGAAGUGAUUUGCUCUCGCAAAAUGGAACAUUUAAUAAUUGAACUAUGAACUUAAUUUGUGCUUUCUUCUGGAAAAGACUUAUUAGGAGUAAAAAUACCUUGAGAGGCCUUGGACGGUGAAUUGUUAAGAUUGAAAUAUAUACCGUUACGCGUGUACCAUUUCUGAAUACUUUUAGAGGAUCUUUGUUUAGUUCUGUGUGUCACCAGCAGAGGGCAGUAAGUAGUUUUAAAAUCCUUUGGCAAGGAGACUCAGGAUAUUGAAUGCUGUACUUACUGUCCUAAAGUUUAAGCCAUCAUCCAGGUUGACAUGUAAUUAAAUACACAUUUGCAAACCAUUGCGAUAUAUUGAAUAUAUGGUAUUCUUUACAGAAAUAAU